AUGGCCACCGCCCUAUCAUCUAGGGCGCUCCUAUGGGCGACCAUCUUGGCAGUCCUAGCCCCUUACUGUUUUGCAUUCUCGUACAAUGCGGCUGAAUAUGGAGAAGUCCAGGUGACGGACAACAGGGACAUUUACUCUGGAGAGCAAGCAGCUAUGAUAGAUGGAGAUGAAAGCGAGGAAGGAGAGGCCCAUGGCGACAUCGAAGUACCUGAUGGUUCUGUGUUCACGUCAUUCCCCGUUAAUGAGAAUGGCACCGAGGAAGUCGCAGGCUUCAUCUCAAAGGACAUAGACAACAGCACAAUCGAGCAUCUCUACAUUGUCCUUCAUGGGAAGCUAAGAAAUGGAAACACGUACUGGAAGACCUUCCACGACGCCAUCAAAUACGCCAAAGAAGAUAACUUCCCCGGUACCGAUCGCAAAAUGGGAGUGCUAGCCCCGCAAUUCUUCUCGACAAAAUACAACUCUGGCCAGUACAAUAAAAACCAGCUUGGGUGGGAAGAUUUGAACGCCUGGGAGCCAGGUGCCCAAGCUAAUCAUCCUAAAAACACAACCCUUACCACAUUCGAUGUCAUAGACGGUCUCGUCAGGCUCCACUCGAACAAGGACAAAUAUCCGAGUCUGAAGAACGUCACUGUUGUCGGUCAUGGUGGCGGUGGUCAGCUUGCCCAACGGUACUCAGUUCUCGCUAGCAACCCCCCUGACAAUGUCCAUGUUCGAUACAUCCACGGUGACCCAUCUUCGUGUAUGUACUUCACCGAAGACCGGCCUACUAUGUCAGACCCCGAUGCCUCAACGAACUCCUGCUCCAACUACAAUGUCUGGAGAUAUGGUUUCGACAAGUUCCCCGGCACUAAACAGGGCCUGACGUCAAAGGAAUAUUUCACCCAGUACCUCAAGCGAGAUGUUAUAUCGAUCGUGGGACUUCAGGACACUGGCAGAGGUGGUGAUACUAGUUGCAUGGCGAGAUUACAAGGAGGCAUUAACCGACGUACUCGCAACUUGGUUUGGUUCCGGUACAUCAACACUCUUGCACGCACGAAUGAGAACCUGGACGGGUUCCCUGGUUCGUUCGAUGAUCUUCCUGAUUGGAGUGACGAAGUGGGUGGAAACAGCCAUGUACGACUCGUUGUCGUUGAAGAUGCGGAUCAUAAUGCGACGCAAGUCUUCUUAGGAGAUCUUGGGCGGGAGGCACUCUUCCACGAUGGCGAUGUCGACGAAGGUUGGCGCCCUGAUGAUGAUGACGACGAUGAUGACGACUCGGACGAUGACAGCAACUAG